GAAAGUGAUACCGAUACAGUUUCAGUAAGAAGAAAAUUUCAAGACAUUCACUUACAGAAUCUGUAUGUACGUGAUGGGAAAAUACAAGAGAAAGUAAAAGUGGAUGUGAUAGUUCAAGACAAUGUUAGAAAAAUUCCCGGAUGGAUUAUGGUAACAUAUUUCACCUCCCAUUUUACUUCACCAGUGCAAGAACUGAUUGGCAACCAAGCUGCUGUUUGCAGAAGGAAAGUAGAAUUGUCAAAUGAAUGUUCUUCAUCCAGACCUCCACAGUUAGGAUUUUCUGAUGUUCCCAUAUCAACAAAGACAAUCACCAUACCCAGGCAUCAGACUUCCCCAGAACUGAAUAAAACUUGGUGUGAUAGUAUCUUGGAAGAAUACCAGUCUGCAGAUGAGGGAUGCUCCUGGAGCAAUGUAACUCUUGCAGACUUGUAUCCAGGGAUGUUAGAGUUACUUACAAGGCUCAUGACAAAGCAGACUUGGAGAAAAGAGUCAAAAUACAUGUUUGGACAAUUAAGGCACAGAAGACACCCUUCUGGAAGACCAAAGCUCAAUGUCACCUUAGUCAAAAUAAGAGGGUUCAGACCUCCUAAACUGAAGCGAGCACAGCCUAGCAUAUGCAGCAGUAGACAUGAAGACAUCCAGAAUCAAACUUUUGGAAAUGAGAAUAGAGAACUUCGUGAUGACAAGAGGUCCAUUAAUAAUUUGUCUGGUGUAGUACCUUAUUCUUACAUUGAUACAAAUGAAAUCAAAAUGGACUGCUCUGACUCAAGUUUAGUACCUAGAAAAGGCCCCAAAUUCUCCAAACGGACUGUUUUUCCUGAUGUUAUAACUACAAUGGGAGAGACGUUUCUAGUUGAAGAUGAGUUACAGACUACUGUCUCACUUAAUCCAAAAUGCAAAGAAAGUGAAAAAUUUGCUUACCAGUGUCCUUCAGAAUACUGUUUUAUAACGUCUGCUGCCAGUUCAGGGUCAACAGGACUUCAUCCGGUAAAAGAGAGUAAAACUCAAAAAAAUUACUUUUCUUGUGGUGAUACCUCAGAGUGGUGUUCAUCUACUUGCAGUUCCUAUGGCAAUAGUCAUGCUUUUACACCUGUUGCAAACUGUUCUCUUGCAAGAGCAUCAAAUACUUUACUCAUAAAUCCCGAAAAAAUAACCUCUGAAAGACAAGUUCCUUCAAAAAGACAAAGUCCUUCAAAGAUGCCCCAGAAAUACAAAGAUGCAUUUGAAAAGCUCUACUACAAGCUGUGUCCCCAAGAAAUCCAAAAGCCUUUCACAUUGACAAGAUCUCUUGCAAAUUCACAGAACCUUGAAGGUAAAGGAAGAUUAGUGAAGAGUAAUUUAAGUCAUUCUGUGAGGUCCCAUACACCGUGUGAUAGAGAAUUUGACAGGAUCUAUGAGCAAUUGUGUAGUGGGGGUGUUCCAAAACUUCCUGGGUUUCAGAGAGCUUCAAAUUUAAAGAAGUAUGAUGGAAUACAGAUGUCAGAAACUGUAAAUGCUCUGGUUAACUCGCCUGUUCAAACUUUAUCUGCAUCUCCCAGAGUUAAAAGACUGGGGAAUUUCCAAAACGAUCCUCUUUGUUCACCAGUAAAGCGACUGAGAGGUAUACCGGAACGUUAUCUAUCUUCAACAAAAUGUGAACAGAUUGCUCACAGAAGAAACGCUGAACUUCAGACCAACGGCAUGAGGUUUUUGAACCCAUACAUUGUCAGUAACUCCAGCAUUUUUGACAGUCACAACUGCCAGAGUGAGGGCUCUGGAUUUCAUGCUGCGUCAGAUAAAACUUUUCUUGGUGUUCCUGGUACUUCCUUGAAAGAAUCUGGGAUUGCAGGUACCAACUCUGGUUGGCCUAGUGCAGUGAAGAAUUACAGCAGUCCCAGAAAUGCACAGUACUGUCGCAAAAGGGUAUCCAGAAAAUUAAGCUACACUGUGGGUAAAGAUGACAAAUCCCAGCAAUCGCUUGGGUGA